UUGCCGAAUCUGAAGCAGUUCAUAUAUGUGAUUGUGAAACAUAGAAAUUACCACUCGAUUAGACCUGGAUUUGACAUUAUGGAUCCCAAUCGGAUAAUUCAAGCCCUGAAAGGGACGAUAGAUCCCAACCUCCGGAUAGCGGCUGAAAACGAACUCAAUCAGUCGUACAAGAUCAUCAACUUCGCCCCCACUCUGCUCCAGAUCAUUGUGUCUGAACAGGUGGAGUUCCCUGUUCGACAAGCAGCGGCCAUCUACCUAAAGAACAUGGUGAGCCAGUACUGGCAGGACCGCGAGCCCUCUCUAGGGGAGGUGGUGUUCCCCUUCAACAUCCACGAGAACGACCGCACGCAGAUCAGAGACCACAUCGUGGAGGCCAUCAUCCAGUGUCCCGAGUCCAUCCGGGCCCAGUUGACAGUGUGUUUGCGAGCCAUCAUAAAGCAUGACUUCCCUGGGCGCUGGACGGCCAUAGUGGAUAAGAUCGGCCUGUAUCUGCAGUCUCAGAACAGUGGCAGCUGGUACGGCAGCCUGCUGGCCCUCUACCAGCUUGUCAAGACCUACGAGUAUAAGAAGGCGGAGGAGAGGGAUCCGCUGCUAGCAGCCAUGCAGAUCUUCCUGCCCCGUAUACAGCAGCUCGUCACCCAGCUACUGCCUGACGGCACCAUCUUCUCUGUCCUCAUACAGAAACAGAUCCUCAAGAUCUUCCACGCACUCGUACAGUACUCCCUGCCUCUCCAGCUGAUUAAUAACACAGUCAUUACCCAGUGGAUGGAGCUCCUCAGAGCUGUUAUGGACAGAGAUGUCCCCCCAGAGACGUUGGAAGUGGAUGAGGAUGACCGUCCUGACUUGGUGUGGUGGAAGAGUAAGAAGUGGGCCCUACACAUCAUCACCAGACUGUUCGAGAGGUACGGAAGCCCAGGCAAUGUGACAAAGGAGUACUUUGAGUUUGCAGACUUUUUCUUGAAGACGUACGCUGUAGGGAUCCAACAGGUCCUGUUGAAGGUGCUGGACCAACACCGACAGAAGCAGUAUGUCACGCCUCACGUCCUCCAGAAGUCUCUUAACUACCUGAACCAGGGCCUGUCUCACUCCCUCACCUGGAAACACAUGAAGCCACACAUGCAGACCAUCAGCCAAGAGGUGAUCUUCCCUCUAAUGUGUUACAAAGACGAGGAUGAGAAACUGUGGCAGGAGGAUCCAUACGAGUACAUCCGCAUGAAAUUCAAUGUGUAUGAUGACCAUGCCCUCCCUGCCACCGCCGCCCAGAGCCUCCUGUGUAAAGCAGCCCGCAAGAGGAAGGAGGUUCUUCCCCAGAUGAUGGAGUUCUGCCACCAGAUCAUGAUGGAGCCCUCUGCUGACCCCCGCAGGAAGGAUGGGGCGCUGCAUGUCAUCGGCUCACUAGCCGAACUCCUACUGAAGAAGAGGGUGUACAGGGAGCAGAUGGAGCUGAUGUUACAGAAUUACGUUUUCCCUCUACUCAACUCCCCUCUGGGAUACCUCCGGGCCAGGUCGUGCUGGGUGCUGCAUUCGUUCAGCCCGCUGCGUUUCCAUAACGAGUUGGUCCUGAGGAAUGCGGUGGAGCUGGUCAAACAGGGCCUGGUAGCAGACAAGGAGAUGCCCGUCAAGGUGGAGGCUGCUAUCGCCUUGCAGACACUGGUCAGCAACCAGGAGCAAGCUAAGGUCUACAUCAGGCCCUACAUCCGGCCUGUCAUGCAGGAGCUUCUCCACGUCAUCAAGGAGACGGAGAACGAUGACCUCACUAAUGUCAUUCAGAAGAUGAUCUGCGAGUACAACCAGGAAGUGGCUGUCAUCGCCGUCGACAUGACCCAGAACCUGGCUGAGAUCUUCACCAAGGUGCUACAGAGUGAAGAGUAUGAGGAGAGUGAAGACAAGACGGUGAUGGCUCUGGGGAUCCUCAGCACCAUAGACACCAUACUCACUGUUAUGGAGGACCACAAGGAGAUCACUCAGCAGUUGGAGGGCAUCUGUUUACAGGUGAUAGGCCUGGUGCUGCAGAAGCCCAUCAUAGGUAUGGCAGAGUUCUACGAGGAGAUUCUGUCCCUGGGGUUUGGGCUGACCUGCCAGACCAUCUCCCCUCAGAUGUGGCAGCUACUGGCGGUUCUCUACGAGGUCUUCCAGCACGACUGCUUUGACUACUUCACGGAUAUGAUGCCUCUUUUGCACAACUACGUUACCGUGGAUACAGACAUGCUCCUGUCCAACCCCAAAUAUUUAGAGGUCAUAUACAACAUGUGCAAAAAGGUGCUGACCAGUGAUGCAGGUGAGGAUGCAGAGUGUCACGCUGCUAAGCUGCUAGAGGUCAUCGUCCUCCAGUGUCGGGGGAGGGGCAUCGACCAGUGUAUCCCGUUGUUUGUGGAGGCUGUGUUGGAGCGGCUAACCAGAGGUGUGAAGUCCAGUGAGCUGAGGACCAUGUGUCUGCAGGUGGCCAUCGCUGCUCUCUACUACAACCCAGCCCUGCUCAUCCACACGCUGGACAACAUGCACUUCCCCCACACCCCACAGCCCAUCACCGCUCACUUCAUCAACCAGUGGAUGAAUGACACUGAGUUCUUCCUGGGGCUCCAUGACCGUAAGAUGUGUAUCAUCGGACUGAGUGUUCUGAUGGAGCUACCCUCCAGGCCAGUGGUGGUAGACGGGAUAGCGGCUCAGAUUGUCCCCAGUGUCCUGCUCCUCUUCCUGGGGCUCAAACACCUUUACUCCUCCCGCCUCAACAAGCCAGAUCUUCUGGCCUGUCCUGGGGUACCGGAGGAAGACCAGAACGAGGAGAUCCCUAGUGAUGAGGACGAGGUGAAUGAGAACUGUAACGCCAUGAUGCAACAGCAGACUAGCACACGCGUAGGCCACGAGGACGAUGAGGAGGAGGAGGAUGAUGAAGACUACUGGGAUGAAGAAGGGCUGGAGAGGACACCCCUGGAGGAGUACAACACGCCUCUGGACUAUGACAAUGGAGAGGACGAGUACCAGUUCUUCACCGCUGCCCUACUCCGGGUCCAGAACACUGACCAGCCUUGGUACCAGUCUCUGACCACGCCCCUCAGUGAUGACCAGAAGAAACAGCUGCAGGAGAUCUACAGCCUGUCCCAGCAGAGGAGGAGCACCGCUGCCAAGGGCCAAUGAGCUGUAAGAGACAUGGCUGGAGGCCUGGAUGGAAGGAGGAGUAGCAGCAGAGUUCUGGCCUGAUCUGAAGUGGAUUUAAAACACAACAAGAACUGUUUCAGACCAGAUCUAUCUAGACUUUACUGAUCCCACCAAGACCGGGCCAUUUAGAACCGUAACUGAACUCUGUGGAGACCCACCAGAGACCAUAACACCAGGACUUUACACUACACACUUUACGGUUCACAUCUCAGACCGUAAUUGGACCACACCCACCCCAGAGAGAGAGAGAGAGAGAGAGUGAGAGAGAGAGUGUGUGAGAUUGAUGUCCUGCUCUGUAUCACUGACCAGCGAAUUCAUCUUCUAGUGCAGUACAGUCUUUGGGUCUGUGAUUCUGUAACUGUGUGAAUGUAAGUAUUGUACACAAAAUCUCUGUUUCUCUAUAGCCUGACUUUUGUUUGGUCUCGAGAGGACUGGGCAGAUGUCCUUGGUUGCCAUGGCAUCAAUCAGAACCAUGUGUCAGUUAGUCUGAACCAAAGCUGUGGUGCUAAUGGACGGACAGACAGGCAUGUUGGGGUGAAGGGUUAGGGGUCAGUGACCUUUAACCCACGGGGGGGUUCCUUUCACACUGAUGAAUUGUAAUAGGGGGCAAGAUGCUGGGAGGAGAGUGUUUGUUUGUCUUUGUUUUAUAUAACUGUUUUAAUUUAACUUAAGAAAAUCAUAAACGUUCAUGUAACAUCUAGCCGUGUGUGUGUGUGUGUGUGUGUGUGUGUGUGUGGUAAAGAUUUUAUAUUGAUUUCACAUAGAGGAUAUCGCGGUAGCUGAAACGUUCCGUCUUUGUACGUCUCUUCCUGCAUGUUUUUGUACGUCUCUUCCUAACAUGUAGGUGAACAGUAUCAGCAGGAGUAAAUAUGUUUUCAUAACAUCAUUUACAGGCUUCUCUCAGGGCCCAUGUUCAGAUACUUCAAAAUGGAUUCCUCCCAUCCUCCAUGGUUCUGACACAAGACAGAGGGCAUAACAUGGUGGAAUCUGGCUUUCACCAGUCUACCAACUAUCUGGACUUGGGUAUCAAAUUCAAAUCACAGCUGGGAAUCUCUCUAUGCCCGGCAGUUAUUUUUCUCAUGUCCCCAGCUGUCCAGAAAGAGGAGCCAACUGUGAAAGGAGUUUCCUCUGGAAUGUUUGAGAUGUCCAAAUACCACAGGGCUUCUUUCUGCAUUUUAUAGUCAGUAUUUGAUUCUCUAGUGGAGUCAGAGGGCUCUGCUUGCAGGAUUGGUAGUCAGAUCCUGAUGUUUCAGAUGGGACGCUUGGAUGGGUUUUGGUGCGGCAACGGCGUUCUUGCUCUCCCUCUCUCUCUCUCUCUCUCUCUCUCUCUCUCUCUCUCUCUCUCUCUCUCCCUGUGUUAGUAUUCUGUGUGUGUUCGGCUGCAGUUUGUAUGUUCUAGCCCACUGCAGUUUCUACUGAAGACUGUGUGUGUGCAGGACAGUAAGGAGCAGCCAAGCGUUGAAGAGCUGUCGAACUCUGCGGGCAGUGAAACCAACAUAGGGUGUGUGUUAUAUGUUGUUGACUAGUGUCUGGAGUUGUUUCUCUACAGAAAAUGUUCUGUUGCAAUCUGCCUCUGCACUUAAGCACCACAGUGAAUUAUGUUCUCCAACAAACACCCUCCCUCUCUCUUCAUUUCUAUUGGUCGGUAUGAUUGUUUAAUGUAGGUGAUGUUGCGUAUACCUGACACUUCCAGGCCAUGCUAGGAUGCUGUUACACUAAUCUGUGAGAGAGAGACGGAGUUAACUCUAGUCUACUGCCCUGGUAAUAAUGCAGGGGAUUCUCUGGCCCCUGUGUCCCAGUCAGGGUGCCUCUCUUCCAGUCUGCCUGGUGGCCUCUUUCCCCCUGGGGAGCAGAGUGGAGGUAAUGAUGAUGGCCAUAGACCGUGGUGUGCUGGGCAAAGCUAAUCAGAUCUGAUAGUAUAGUCUCACUAAAGCAGAGUAUGAGAAGGGCAAACAAGGGCAGAGUCAAAGAGAGAGACCUCACUGCAGUUCAGCAACCGAAUAACUUCAGCUCACAGUUAAAAAGGUAGCGGAAGUCUCCAGCUAACUAUUGAGUGGAGUACUGUGAUGUGUGUUUGUUCUCUGGGGCAGCUAACUGCCUGUGGUCUCUGCAGUGUGUGCCUCUGUCAGAAUCACUUACAUGGAUGGAUGGAUGGAUGGAUGGAUGUGGGUAGGCAAAGUUCAGGUGAAGUGAAUUUUGUGUCAUGUGGUAGUUUCCUGCCCUUUUAUAGCCACCCAAAAACACACUCACACAGACAACUCUCCUGUGUGCGUGUGUGUCCAGGGCACACAGGGACCAUCUCCAUCCGCCAGUGAAGCUGAGACAGAGAUGCAGACUGACAGUGCUGACUGUGUCUCUAUCGGCCCUGUGUGAGUCAGAGGUCCCCAGACUCCGCCACGGAUGGUGAGGACUGUAGUGGAAUUUUUAUAUUUAUAUAUAUAUAUUUUAAACAGUUCUCAAGUUUCCCAGAUGCUGGUCUCAAGUUUAGGGAGCAUCCACAAGCAGUGUAGCCUCCCUAUUAAACUGGCCUCUGCUAAGAGGAGUGGACUUCUAUGGCACAGGUUGAAGUGUGCUGCCUCGCAUUGUAACAAUACAAGGUCACUGGUUCAAGCCCCAUUCCGGCUGACUACUCCCCCUCCACCGCUGCAUUAGUAAUGGGAUAUUUGAUUCCUAAUGGGGGUCUUGGCUACUUUGCAACCCCUUCUCACACUCCAGUUAAUUGCAUUUGCUUUGGUAAUGAGGGAGUCUGAUUGCAUAUCAUGAAUCAUGCGCCACUCUCCCACCCUUGUGCCCCUUCCACUUGAAUCCCGAAGGGUUUUUUAAAGAGAGCGGGUCUCCAGUUGGGCUGGUCUGUGAUUCACUGUCAACUUUCCCGUUCAGAGGAAUAAGGCAACCUCCGAGAGCGUUCCACACACUAAAGAACUUUAUUUCCAGAGGACAUAUAUGAGAUGGUUCCAUCCCAAAGCUCUUCAUACCUGAGUAGUAGUAUUAUAAUCACCUCUCCUUCUAAUGAGCUACUCAUCCUCAAGUACACCUGUGAGAUUGAAUACCACCUCGUGCUGCGAUGGGCCUGGCGGGGGCAUAACUGCCAGGCAGGCUCAUUUAGUGGCAAUCAGCCACCGACCUAUAAGCCUAAGGUAAUGAAAUCAAACGCUAUUGUAGAAAGAGAGAGGCCUACACUCGCCUCGAACAUGUCACCGUAUCAUUACCGAUGGAUAAAGGCUAUUGUGGUCGACACGCUCCGUCGCCCACAGGAAUCUAGGCCUGCCUAGCCCUGCUGAGCGGUGCGGCAGUUGGUGAGUGCACCAUGCAUUCUGAAUGCAAUUAGCGCACAGAAAGCCACCUUGAACACUCACAGAUGCACCAUUCCAAUGGGGGAUAAAACAAGCAAAUGAAUGAGGUAAAACCGUUUCAUUCUUUAUAGUCGGAGAGACCACAGAGAGCAGAUGUUUGAUUUUCUCCUGGUCCCAGAAUGGUGAGGUGAAUAUAUGGUGUGCAGCAAUGUUCCCUCCAUUUUUUUCCCGUCACUGAGCAAAUUUCAGGUCUGCUGAACGCAAACAUUGAAAGUCCUGUACAACUUCCAGGGCGUUUACUGUGAACACUGAGGCUGUACCCUCUUUAAGUUACAGUUUUAACAGUGGCCAAAUAGGCUACUUGAUCAUAAUGUUGGCCUACCAGAGAGGACUGGCAUAAAAAACUAUGGAGAAAAUGCAUCCCAGAACAGCUAUUUCCAUGUUAAAAUGUUAUAUCAUUCAGCCGACAGUAGCAGCCUAUGUGUGGUGUUCAAUGUCGGCCUACAUUCCAUGAGACUUUUGGAAAAAAACAUGCAGGGCUUGACAUUAACCUGUUUUAAUCACUUGUUGUUCAGACAAGGUGAUUGAAAAUGCUGCUGUGUUGUUUGAUGCAAGUAACCACUUUACAAAAUCAAAUGCAUUAUUAUUCUCCUACCAUUACUACAGAGAAUCAGAUGAAUUAUGCUACACUCUGCCUAUUGGCUACUUAGAUUAUUCAAACCUGUCUCAAAAUACAACACUGCCCAUUUAAGACCAAAACAAAAGCUCUUUAACUGACUGGCUUUUCAAAGGUGUCUAGAAAUGUACACGUUUUGUGCUCUUGUAGGAAGCAAUCACUCCCCUAUUGCUGACUAUAAAUAAUCUAUAACUGGGCUAAUAAUUCACUAACUAUCAGAGGAUAUGAACAAAAUGUACAUGCAGCUCUUGCUUUGAUCUCACAAGUUCAUCUACUCAUGACUGCUCAUGCUGUAAACACAUUCCAGUUCAAAGUAAAUGGCACAGAUCCAUAUAUGGCAAUAGUCUAUUUGCAUAUAGGCCUACUGCAACUCUGAUUGUUUAUGCUGCACCAUACAGCAGUGUCGCUCUCAAUGCAAUAGAAUCCUACUCCGAUGCGUUCUGCCUACAAGCAAAAUCUCUCGCAUAGUUUGUUUUGUUUCAGUAUGUUGCAUUGAAAGUGGCUAAUGUUGAGUCAAUAGUGUUAACAGGGAAAACUGUAGAACAGUGGUCAGCAACCUUUUCUGAGUCAAGAUCAAAAUGCAAGCCGAGAUCUACCGCUUAAUUUUUUUUUAAACAUGACUUAAAAAAACGUACGCCUAUGCAACAUUAACCAAUUAAAAUCAGUACUGUAGCAGAGGUUUGUGCAGAAAGCUAUAAGCCCAAUACAUUAUCACUGCAUAUUGGCUUUGCUUGAAUUGCCCUGCCAGUGCAUUGUUCUUCCGGACAUUGUUUAAAAUAAUAGUAUUUUUUCUUUUUAUUAGGUAGGCUAUAUGAUCACACUGGUAAUAGAUCCAUUGUUGUAUUACUUGUGCGGCACAGCUGAGUGAGGAGCAUCCCUCCUCUCUCUCUCCUCCACUGACACUGACCAAAAAGGGACAAUGUCUUCCAGCUGACGACAACUCCAGUCGCACACGGCAUUAUUUCUGCCUCGUGCACAAAUUCAUUUAGUUACUCCUAUGAACAGAGAAAGUGAAAUAUUCCUUGAUAUUAAAAAAAGACCCAAACCACUAAUAAUAAUAAGUCUAUUAAUAAAUACGUUCCUACUCCUUCAUUACUGGUGCACUGCUUGUUGUAGCGCUGAAUACAGUUGACAGUGCUGAGUAGAAACGUAAACAUAUACUCAUUCAUAAAAACAGCAGCUCUUUGCUGUAUUCGUUGACAGUCUCUCUCUAGUCAUGGUUUUUAAACGUUUUGAAAUCUCACAGUAUCAACUUUUCUGUAUAUAUGUUUUGUGCCUACUUCAUUGCGGCAGACACCGUCAUCUGAGCCAUUCGAUUGGCCAGCGGUAAACCUACAGUGCACUUGAUAUGCUCUCUGGGCCCUCGGAGUUUGUACCUUCUGAACAAACGUACAUGCAAUUAUUGAAAAUAGCAACAGUUCGCUUACCCGGCGCAGAGGGCAGAUGAAUCGGGUACACCUACCCUCAACUGCACGAGACGAAUACAAAGAAAACAUUUCAGCGCGGCAGUCUCGUGGCUAAGUUUAGAGCGAACAUUGGUGCGCAAAAUGGAUACUUAUACCCAGGUGAAUAGCGAGCGGCUAAUGGGUGAAACAAAUGGUCGAGAAGACGACCUUGAUCCGUGUAGCCGGCUAGACGCCAGCUGCUGGGUGAAGAAAUGGCCCGGAACAGCCUUCAUGAUGAUGUGAAUACAGCAACAGUAUCAUAUGCAUUUUAUAAGUCAGGGAUGGACAACUGGCGGCCCACGGGCCCCACCACAUUUAAAAUAAAAUAUUUUUUAGAAACUCCUGUUGGGUCUCAACUGUUGCAAGUUAGAAUAUACAAGGUGCAAUUUCGACACAAAACAUCUCUACACCCUAUGGCAAAAUGUGUACCCUUGCAGGAAAUUAGCUGUAAAACAGCCUGUUUUCCUAUCUGCCCAAUGGCAAAAUGAGCAGAAUUGCAUGAAAUGAGUUAAAAUUGCUAAAUCUUCUGUCCCAUGGCAAAAAUGUGUAGGAUUGCAGCAGUUUCUCUAAAACGAACAUUCUCUACACCCCGCGAGCAACUGUGGCUCUCAUGAGUUCAGAUUUGUUGUGGCCCCCCACCACCAUCAAAGUUGUCCCAUCCCUGAUAGGAUAUCCUGUCACCGCACAACCCUCUGGCAAUGACUAGAGAGCAAGAGAGGGGGAGGAAGGAGAGUAAGGGAAGGAGUACUUGACAACUUAGUUGUUUUGCCCUUUAGCAUGUCUUUCCCAGUAGGCACGCCCCACCCCCUCCUCCUCCCCAGGUCCUGUCAUGCUGGACUCAGGGCACAGGAGGUGGUUGUCUGCAGGUGUUGCACGCCAGUUUGUUUCCUGGCGGUGUGUACAUGGUUCAGUGAUCAGUGUGCCCCAGUGUACCCUUUGCCAACCCCCUACUGUGCCAUCAGAGCCCCCUCCCUAGUACCCCCCACUAGCUGUAGUGACAGAAAGCUAUUCUCGAAGUAGUAGAAAGGGCAACUGAAGUGUAUUUGUCAAACAUGUUAUUCAUACCCUAUUAAAAAUGCGCUUUCACGGCAAAGUCUA